CUUCAUUUUUUUGUAUUAUUAGGUAAAAGAUAAUGAAUUCAAAGUCUGUCAACAUACUUGAUCGUCCUUUAAGUAAAGGAAAAUAUGAAGUCAGCAUCAGUUCGUAUGCAUUGUUAUUUUCUGAAAUCGUUCAGUAUUGUCAAAGUAGAGUAUUCACAGUAACUGAGUUACAAACAAAACUUGCUGAUUUUGGUGAAAAGAUAGGCAUUCGAAUUAUUGACACGUUGACGAUUCGUGAGAGAGGUUUUCGCAGAGACACUCGACUUUUGAACGUAUUGAUGUUUAUACGUUCUAAUCUGUGGAAAACAUUGUUUGGGAGAGAAGCUGAUAAAUUGGAACAUGCAAAUGAUGAUGUUGGAACUUAUUACAUCAUUGAGAAAGAAUCCCUUGUAAACAGGUUUAUAUCAAUACCCAAAGAUAAAGGAAGCUUAAAUUGUGCAGCAUUUACUGCAGGUAUUUUGGAAGGUAUCUUAAAGGGUUGUGGAUUUCCUGCAACAGUGACUGUACAUUGGCACAAAGGAACAACAUUUUUAAUAAAGUUUGAUGAUUCUGUUAUUGCAAGAGAAAAGCAAUUUGAUGCCAAAUAACUUCUUCUAUAAUGUUGUAUAUAGGAUUCAAUAUUUACCUUAACCCUUAGACAACGAAUCACAUAGAUCUAUGGUUAAAAUCAGGCAAAAAUGGUGCCAUAGGGCGUCAUAAGUCCUGAGAACUAGCUUGUUAUGAAAAGUGAUCCUUAUGUUUUGAAAAGAGGCCGAAUUAGGCUGCUCCAUGAACCAUCUAGGUCUUUUCUGUGGCCACCAAUAGCAAUUCAAAUUUUGGAAAACUAAUUUAUCCUUUGGUGAAAAAAUGGGUACAGGGUUAAUAUUAAGUGUAGUAAUAUUUUUAUUUUUAUUUUACUUGUCAACUUUAUUUCUAUGAUAAAAUUAAAACAAAAAAGAGGUUCUGAAAUGAACUUAGUGAUGUUAGAACUACUUUUAUUAUUUUAAAAUUCUUGUGUAUUUUUUGCAUAGCCAGCAUUUAGAAUCAUGCACAUAACCUUAUUUAUCUAUUUCUGUAUGAAAAUAGAAUUGCGUAAAUGAAAAUGAUUUUUUCCAAAAGUUGAUUUGUUUGUAGAAACUUUCUUUAAAGAUACAUGUUCAUGAAAUAUUUUCAAUAUAUGAAAGGGUUAAAAAAAACCAAAGUUAUUUUUUGAGGUGGCUAGUUUUUUUAGGAUUUAAAAGCAAGUCAUUCUCACUGAACUGUGUUUGUUUGUGUCUGCAAAAAGCUGUAUUGUUUAACCUAGAAAUUUAUUGAUUUUCUAAAAAAUCUUUAUAAAUAUUGGAA